AUGGAGGCAUCAGGUAUGGACACCAAAAAGAAUGAAGAUAUAGAGGUAUUGUUUCCGUUGAAGGAGAACUUGUGAUCCAAUCUUGGGGUGCAAUAUGUAUAUUUACUGUGGGGUGCACUUUAAGCUUAGAAACAUAGGAAACGGCCUUGUACUGAGUCAGACCACUAGUCUAUCUAGCUCAGUAACAACUAUACUGACCAGUUUCCAGCAGGGGUCUUUCCCAGCCCUACCUGGAAAUGCUGGUAAUUGAACAUGCGACCUUCUGUAUUCUAAGUCAGAUGUCCUACCACUGAGGUAUGGCUCUUCCCAAGUGAAUCUUUCUUAAGCUUUGGUCAGUGUGACCAACUUCUUACAAUGUAAUGCGCAGAAACUCAUUAUUUCUCAUGAUCUGGAAUAGUAAUACCAAUAAUAAUUAAUAAUAAUAAUAAUAAUAAUAAUAAUAAUAAUAAUAAUAAUAUUCAAAUGCCCCAAUCCAUUUCAUUUUGGGCUACCUAACAUAGCAAAUGCACAAUAAAAUAGAGUAACCCCAAUAUGUUACACUAUCCAACCAAAUCCUGUUCAGAAUAGACCCACUGAAAUUAACAAACUUAAGUGAAUCAAGUCCAUUAAUUUCAAUGUGUCUACUCCAGGUAGCACAAUCAUUGAAUACUACCCUCUGUUUUUGAAGUAAUUUUUAAAUGGUGGGGCAGACACAAGGGGCUAAGCAUUGAGUAAUUUGGCAUGAUUGAAUUGUCCUCAUUCAGGUCUUCAGAAAUGUUUGUUGUUGUUGUUGUUGUUUAGUCAUUUAGUCGUGUCCGACUCUUCGUGACCCCAUGGACCAGAGCACACCAGGCACUCCUGUCUUCCACUGCCUCCUGCAGUUUGGUCAAAUUCAUGUUGGUAGCUUCAAGAACACUGUCCAACCAUCUCAUCCUCUGUCGUCCCCUUCUCCUUGUGCCCUCCAUCUUUCCCAACAUCAGGGUCUUUUCCAGGGAGUCUUCUCUUCUCAUGAGGUGGCCAAAGUAUCGGAGCCUUCAGCUUCAGAAAUGCUUACUCCAAGUUAAAUGAGAUUCUGUUGAAAUGAAACAGAAUGUGCUUCUCAACUCCCAAAUCUCCUUGUCUCUUUGUUUUUACAGUUGAGCUGAAGUUUAAUUUGGACCAGUAUGUCCACAAGAGAUACCCAGGGCUGGUGAAAAUAGUUCGUAAUAACAAACGAGAAGGGCUGAUCCGAGCCAGAAUCCAAGGUUGGAAGGCAGCAACGUCACCAGUGGUUGGGUUUUUUGAUGCUCACGUCGAGUUCAACACCGGCUGGUAAGGUCUAUGAUAGGUAGGACAUGGGCAGGGGAGAUGGCAUAAUGGACAAGUUGGGGUGGGGAUGCUAAGCCAUGGAAACUGAGAAAAAUCUGAAGCCUGUAUUCUGUAUUCGAAGUGCUGUGGUUUUUUUACUAAUGUAGCUGAGUCAUAGGAAAGGUUAUCAGAGAAAGAGAAUUCUCUCUUAACCCACCAGUGGCAACGCAUUCGUCCUUCACUCAUCUAGGACAAGGAUUGUAGGCUAGCUAAUUUAAGUAUUAAAUAUUAACAGUUAAUAUAUAUCAGGUGUAAGCUUCAAGGUUGUGCUUUGUGAUAGAAUGGAUGCUUGAAUCGGGCAAUUGGUAAAAAGCUAAAAGGACGGCUGCUUUAACUGGCAAUCGAUAAAAGACCUUGAGAUGUUGCUGAGACACUUUUAUUACCAUGCCUGCGAAGGUGGUGGAGUUUGAAAUGCUGUCUGCAGACUGCUAAAACUCUGUCUCAUGACAACUUCAUUCCAAUUACUGAAACUUAGGCUUGAACUGCACAUUCCACAGAGUCCCAAGUUUCCUUCCUUCCUCCCUUCCUUCCUGUUGGUUUAACCCAACACAGCCUGGGUCACUCUGCAACUAGCCACAAUGGCUAUGUUGUGCCACCACAAUGCUUCUAAAUACCAGUAGCAAGAAAUAACAGGAGGAGAGAGGGCUCUUGUGCACAUCAGGAGGUGCGGCCAGUUGACAUAGUCCUGCUUCUGAUAGCUCAGUUGGUUAGAUGUGGUGCUAACAAUGUCAAGGUUGCAGGUUCGAUCCCCAUACAGUGGUACCUUGGUUCUCAAACUUAUUCCAUUCUGGGAGUCCAUUCAACUCCUGAAACCAUUCAAAAACUAAGGCGUGGCUUCUGAUUGGCUGCAGGAGCUUCCUGCACUCAAGCGGAAGCUGCGUUGGAUGUUCGGCUUCUGAAAAAUGCUUGCAAACUGGAACGCUUACUUCUGGGUUUGCAGCGUUCAGGAGCCGAUUUGUUCAGAAGCCAAGCCGUUCGAGUACCAAGGUUCCACCGUAUGUGACAACUGCAUAUUCCUGCAUUGCUGGGGACUAGAUGAUCCUUAGGGUCCCUUCCAGCUCUGCAAUUCUAUGAAUGCUUCUCCCUGGUAUUAAACCUGUGCAUAGAGGAAUGCAUGAAAGGGGCUACUGCCUAUUUCCCUGACCUAGUGCCCUCCAGAUGUUUUGGCUACUCCUCCCCAUCAACCCAAGCCAGCAUGGCCAAUGAUCAGGGAUGAUGGGAGUUCUAAUCCUGGGUUGAGGAAGUCUGGAAUCAAAUUGAGACAUUCACAAAGUUAAACUGGGAGAGAUGGGAGAGCAAACCUGGGAAUGGCACUGGAAUGGUGACAGGGAGGGGGGGAAGCCCACUCAUCCUUAAAAGAUAGAUAGAUAAGACAAAAUGAGUAGACAAGAGUAUUUAGCUUUGGAAUCUGAAGGAGGUAAGCUUCAGUGUGCCUCCAACCAACCAUGUACUUCAAGUCACAUUAAUGUCCCUGCAGGGAGCGCCAAUGAAGUUGAAAAGAAUCUAACUGGUUGAAUACCCAGAAAUAGUCAUUAUGAGGCUGGGGAGGCCCUUACCCCCCCCCCCAUUCACCCACAAAAAAAAAGCUCCCAUUUCAAACACUGUUGUCCAGAUUCCUCCAGAGAAUUAAUUUUCAAUCAAAAGAUUUUGGGCCAUUAGGCUAAUAAUGGAAUGUAGGAGAAUGAGGCUUAAUGGUGUCUCUCUUAGCCUGAGCAAUCCCCUACUUAAGUUACUCAAUGAAGGAAAUGAGAUUGAAAAUAUUCAGAGCAGAAGAGACGUUGUGCUGGGUCAGACCAAAGACAUGUGUCCCAACAGUCCAGAGAUACCUGGGAUUUGUCACAAAUCAAUAAUUGUCAAGGAAAUGCCUGGCUUUUGGCCCAAAGUUUUGUUUCUAUUGUUUAAUUAAAUGCUACCUGCCACAAGUUUUCUCGUGAUCAGCCAGCCCUCACUACCUCUGCAUGGCCCUCUGAUGUCAAGAACAGCUCAGCCUUUGUGUGGGUGCCCCAUGUGGUGAAGCUCUGAAUUGCAGGUGGUAGCUUCCCUAGUUGACUGCCUUCAGGUCCUGGACUGAUUGUCUCCACCCACACAGGCUGGCCAUUGGAUCCUUCGGCACAGAAAGGAGUAUCAUAAUGCUUCCUGGUCAGAUUGACCCUUGCUUGAGCCUUGCAAAAGGACUUCCCGGGCUCUGUUGUGUUCCUGCACUCUCAGUAAUGAUUUUGUCCCAAGUUCUAGCUUGCUCCUUGGUCCUGAUGUGAUAAAGAAUUAGAUUUGAUUUUGCUGUGAGUCUGAGCAUGGACCAGGAUGAGGAGGAGACAGGACACUUUGACAGGAGUCCUGAGACCAUGAUAUUACUGAUUAUUACCUGCAUUUAUAUCCAACUUUUCUAUGUAGCUCAAGGUGGAAUAUAUGAUUAUCUCCUGUUUCAUUUUCACAAUCACCCUGAGAGGUCAGAUAGCCUGCAAAAUAGUUGCAUUUUCCAAGGAAGCUUGGGAAUGGAGCACCCUGGAGACAAGGGGGAAUGCCUCUCCAGAGUUAUGCUCAUCAGAAGAUGCUUGGAGUUUCGGGGGCUUGCAGGGGCACCCCAGGGCAUUUUCUAACAAUAAUGUGCCCCAACCGAAAUAUGGACCCCCUACCAAUCACCAUGAGAUUUGGUUCCCACUAAUGUGCCAGGAAGAAUGAGAGAACCCAGCUAAUUGCAUUAGCAUUUUGCCUAUGGAUGUCAUUGGACUAUAAUUCCUGUCGACCCUAAGGACUGGCCAUGCUGGCUCGGACUGAUGGGAGUUGGAGUUAAACAGGUAAAAGGUUCUCCAUUAAUGACAUAAACUUUUCUUUGUUUCCUGGAAGCUGCUGAUGGAUCAGCUCCAUUGACCAGCUCCUAGGUCUACCUUCCCCCUUGACUGCUUCAGCACUUGGAGCUUGGACUUCAUGUUGCUGAAGCUGUUGGACAGCUCCUCUAAUGGUCCAGUGUCCUAUGUAAUAGUUCUUCAUAGGGCUUCAUAGGGCUUGAUUGGACCACUCCCCUGCUUCACCCAGCAGGAUAAGGAUAGGGAAUUCUGCUUCCUAUGCUGUCAAGGAACUUAGCUUCAGGGCAAAUUGCUGCUGGAGACCCCUCCUUACUUCUUCUCCACAUGGAGAGAACAUUGGAACUGGCUUCGAGUCAGAGAUUUUUAGUGCUUUGAGCAUCAGAUGGAAAUCAGGUUACAUGUGGCCUCUUUAAAUUCUCCACUUUAUUCGCACGCAGAGAAACCAAAUUUCCCAGGGAGUGGGGAUAAAUUCUCCAGUGGUUUCUCUGGAAUUCUCUGGAAGACCUCUGAUAUUUCUUUCUUAUAAAAGUAUCUUCCAUGUAUAUUUGUACCCUGUGGGGUCAUGGCAGAACAGCUGACUUUGGCCUGGCACAGGUGUUGCUCCUCUCCUCAAAGGCUUUGAUUGUGUCAUCGUUUCCCGUGUGUUUCCAUUUUAGUAUUCUUUCCAGAUGGAAAAUAAAAGUGGUGACAUGAUCUCAUUCUUUCACAAACCCGGGGGAAUCUUCGCUUGCCAUUUCUGUAUCUGUGAAAUUUCACAGUUCAGGCUUCCGAGAAAGUGGAAAUGGAAGUUUUCAAACAUAGCUCAUCAUUGGGAACGGUUUAGCUCUUUAGUUUGAAACCAGAAGUACUUGGUGUCCAGUGUGAUAAUUGAUGUUCUAAUGGAGGGGUGGGGAACCUCACACCUGGAGACUGAAUGGUGUCUUCCAAGCUUGUCUGGUCCUCAGAACUCCCUCACAUCUGCUUUCAUUUCCUUGCUUGACAACCUCCUUGGUUGUUGUAGUUUACAUAUUUAUUGCUACGUUACUACUUAGAACCAGUGCGGUGUAAUGGUUAGAGUGUCAGAGUAGGACCUGGGAGACCAGGGUUUGAACACCCACUAAGCCAUGAAGCUUAAUGGGUGACCUUUGACCAGUCACUGCUUCUCAGCCUAACUUACCUCACAGGGUUGUUGUGAAGAUAAAAUGGGGAUACACCACCUUCAGCUCCUUGGUGGAAAAGAUAGUAUAUAAAUGUAAGAAAUGCCUUAUAUCCCACUGCUCCUCUAUGAAGCUCAAGGUGACAUUCAGAGUUCUCCCUUCCUUAUCCUGAGAGGUAGGUUAGACUGAGGGACAGUGGGUUGCAUCUAUUGUUAGUCCAAUUGAAAUUAAUAAUCACAGCUAGUUUGGUGCUAUUGCUUGCAAUUCACCUAGUCAAAGUGGGACUUGGAGACUGGCCCAAGUUCACCCAUCAAGCUCCAUGGCCGAGUGGGGACGUAAACACUGAUCUCCCAGGUCCUAGUCCAGCACCCUAACCCUUAUGUCAUCCUCUCAUUGCUGAAUUCCAUAGCUAUCUGGGGACAGUGUUGGGAGGACACUCACACCACAUUGCUAAGACUUUAUUUGGAAGUGGGCAUGAUUCCCUGAUCGUCGCCAGCCGCCCCCACUACCCACUUCAGAAGGACUACUAAAGCACAAACAGCCCUACUGAUAUCAUCAUUAUUCUCCCAUAAGGAAAUCUGAUCUCUCUUGUACAGGAAGCUGCAUAACUCAAGCAAGAUGAUUUAUGGAGUUGCUAUGGAGCUAUGGAAAGUAUGUGCAGGAGGAGGACAAACUAGCGGCCUUAGAGAGCCGUAGUCAGCUGUAAUAAGGAAAUGGGGGUGGUUUGGCAGUAUCCAACAUGACAGCUCCACCAGGCCUCUGCAAGGGAUCCUUUGAUAAAAGAUUUUAGGCAUCUCCUUUUUGAAACAGGCAUCAUGGCGCAACUGCUUUUGAGGAAAGGGUGUUGCAUUAAUUUCUCAUGGUACCCAAGUGAGCUCCAUGCUGGGUAUUGCUUUAUGUUAAUCAAAUUUUUACAAAAGAGGACACAAAUGCCCGACAAGCAAAGAAUCCCCAACACUGUGAGAGUAAGCUAGGCUUUCCAGCCAUUCAUAAUUUUACAGUCUGUUCAUAUAUCGGGAGCUCUCAUCCUAAUACUAUUGUUGUUGCUUAUUAAAUUGAUAAAACAGCCUUUGCCCAAAGAUCACAGGGCAGUUUACAACAGAAGAAAUAGGCAGGAGGAAGUUACUAUGAGUGGCAUUGGACUGUGUGCACUGUCACAAGAGGUCUCUGCCAUGAUUGUCUAGACUGCCCUCCUAUCACAGAGGUGAGGGACAGGCCAAAGGGAGAUGUUCUGGCUGCCUUUGUCUGAACUGUAGAGCAGCAGCUCAUGCAGGAGGUCCCAGGUUCAAAUCCUGGCAUCUCCAGGUAGCUCUUGAAAUGUCCUUUGUCUGAAACCCUGGGUAGUCACUGCCAGCCAGUGUAAACAACACUGAGCUCAAUGGACCAAUGAUCUGGUUUGAUAUAUGGAAGCUUCCUAUGUUCCUGCAAUAUUGACCAUCCAUGUGUAUUCAUAUCUAGCAGGGGAUUUUUUUAAAAAAACAACAACAAAGUGCUAUUGGGAUGUACUGAUGAACCCUUUUCCAUUCCAUAUCAGUUUCACAUACGGUUAAUUGUAGGUCCAUUCCAUCAUUAUUUUUUGCUAACUGAAAAAAACCACACGAUAUGUACAUAUUCUCUCCCUAAAAUAUGCAUUCUGUGUCCUUCUCAAAUGCAUUUCCCCAUAAAAUAUGCAUUUUUCUUGUUAAAUAUGAAUUUUUGGGUAUGCUUUCCAAAACCAAGAAUGCAUCACAAAACUCAGAGAGAAGUGCAUCAGCCAGCUGGUAGCUGCGUUCUUGUCUGCAUUUGAGUUCAGGACCAUCUAAGUAGAUCAGUUGGCUUUAAAAUGUGAACUGAACCAAUUUAUCCUCUAUCCCACAGUAUUACGAUCUGUGAUGUAGCCAUCCCUCCUAAAUGGGUUGUCCGCACUAGAGAAGACACUUGUCACAAUGACUUAUUGCAUGCAAUGCUAUUUACCUUCAAGACUCUCUGUUCUGUAUUGCUACAAUGACAAUACAAAGACCCCCUCUUCUUUCAGUGACAGCCCCCUGAGGGCUGUUCCCUGAGGUGGUUGUCACUUGGCAAUGAAAUACCCCAAGGUGACCCCCCCCACUUCACCCUUCAAUAACAAGUGAAUCACAGCAGCCAAGUCCUUCUCUGCCAGGUAAACAAAUUAACAGUGUGUCACUAAUGACGCCUACAUCUGUUGCUUGGUAUUCAGAUGCUUGACAUAGCAGGCCGAAAGAAAGCAACGUGUUUUUGUGUGUGUGUGUGUGUGUGUGUGUUGCAGACAGCAAUUGUUAUUUAGGUCUGAAUGGAUUGUUCCCACUUACUUGACUAAUGGAGACACAAAAACCUGCUGAUGGAACCAGGAGAAAUGACAGUUGUGGCAUUGCCAUGUAAGUGUGCGUGCGUGUGUGUGUGUGUGUGUGUGAGAGAGAGAGAGAGAGAGAGAGAGAGAGAGAGAGAGAGGGUUUUUACCUCUCCACAUUUCCAUAGAUGCCUGCAGCACAACAAGCCAUUUCUGCUUGAGAAGUAGGGAGAAAUUGUGCCUCUUAGCUGAAUUGUGUUUUGAUUUCUUGGAGAAUAUCCAGCUCUUCUCCUUGGAAUCCCCUGUCAUCCUCCAACAACCAGCUUUCUCAUAAAUUUAAUCUUGUCUAAAUAGCACAAGCUGGUUGUUGUUGUUGUUUAAAAAGAAGGUCUCCUUCUCUAGGCCAUGUGGGUAAGAUUAAGAUUCCACAAACUGGCACCUUUUGACUAAUGCACUACGGAGAGAGAAGUGAAGAGAGAAGAGAAGAGAGAGCAUUGAACAGAUGUCUCUUAUCUAUACCAUGGUGGGGGUGGAGCAGUUUGGCCCUUGAGUGUUUUGAUUUGAACAAUAUGUUGCAUGUGCUCCUGCAGAUGUUUGUGCUCUGGCUGCUCCUAUUUGUUAGGGACAAUUCCUCUUUGCUAUUACUGGACUCUGGUAAAUUGCUUUCCUAUCUUUUUGCUUUUGCCUUUUGGGCAUGCCUUGUUCAAACAUGGUUAGUACAAGCUGCUAGAAUUGUCAUCCAUUAUCUUCCACACUUCCUCCAAGAUGUUCAUACAUGGUCCUCCCCCCCCCCAUCCUUGUAAAGUAAGUUAGGCUAAGCACUUGUGACCAGCCUCAGAUUGUCCAGUGAGUUUUAUGGAUGAAUGGGAUUUGAACCUGGAUAAGAAUGUAAGAAGGACCCUGCUGGUUCACACCAAAAACCUAUCUAGUCCAGCAUCAUGUUUCCCUCAGUGGCCUCUGGGAAGCCCACAAGAAGGAUAGGGGGACUAUAGUCCAUUCCCGCUGCUGUUUCCCAGCUACUGACAUUCAGAGAUACGUCUGGUCUGCUUGGUCCUAGCCCAACACUCUAACCAUUAUUCCACACUGCCUGUCUUUAAGAGUUGCCAUCCAGCAACAUUUACUGGUAACUGCAUCCCCAGUCCUCUGGAAGUUACAUCUCUGAGUGGUGGUGGUUGGGUGGGUUCAUCUUGCCUUUAGAACACCUGUUGAAGUUGACCCUUGGUGGUGGUGAGGAGAGACAUUACCUGAUCAAUAUUCAACAAACUGCAUAUUGGGUGGUACACAAGGGUUCAAUCCUGCUUUUUCAGGGUGCGUGAACAGGAGUUGGCUGAUGUGCCCAAAUCAAGAAGGAUUGAAUUCCCUGCUCAUCUGCUGAGGAACUGAGGUUCAAUCUUGCUUCCUGCAAGGCUCAGGAAUGGUGACUGGUUUGCAUGCCUGAACCCAGUAGGACUGAACUUUCUGCAUAUUAGCUCAUGAAUGGGGGUUCAGCCCUACUUCCUGCAGAGUUUGAGUGUACCAGCCCGUCCCCACCACCAUGCGUUAACUGAUGCACGAGGAGGUCAACCCUGCUUUCUGCCACCAUGAAUAUAUGUGUCCCACACCUAACAUCACAUAUUACAUCAGGUGUGGGACAGCUGAGCAUGGUUUUGUUCUUUCAGGCAAAAUGGGGAGGCAUGGGAGGCCAUGUUUGACCCAUAGGCUAGACCUGCCCCAUCCUUGAUGUAAACACUAAAUUAGUAUGCAGUGCACCACUUGCCAUUUCACUCAUCGGACAUAUUGAUAUAUUUACUGUUGUUGGUUAUGUCUUCUUAGACAAUUUGUUGUAGCAGUUUUCCCUGCUGAAUUCUUUAACCAAAAGAAUAAACACCAUGUUGGCUUUUCAGACCAGGGGAGGGCAGGCCUUUGCAGAGUAUGUGAAUAUAGCAAGUGACAGGCAAGAGCAGAGCCUUCAGCAAUGCAUUAUGUUCUGAAGGUUCAGAUAGUGAUCUUCCCUACAAGGGCAGGAGUGGUGCAAGGUGAAUGUAUCCUGUUUUCUUCUGUGAAAAGCUGGAGGAUAAGUACAGGUGCAUUCCUUAAGCUAAAGACUUGAUACACCAGGACCAGAGACUCUUCUACAUAUCAUAUAGGAAGCUGCCUUGCCCACCUGUCUGAUCUACCCAAUCCAAGCAUGGCUUGGAGCAUGAAAGGGAAACCUAUGGUCCUCCGGAUAAUGUUGGUCCCAGCCCCAGCCAGCACGAUGGUCAGGGAUGCUGGAAGUUGUAGUCCAGUCACGUCUAGAUGGCUAUUGGCUCUUGAUAUGAUGGGAUGCAUAGCCUACGUCCCCUCCCCAUGCACCCUAUAGGUGUUUGUUGGCCGUGCAGCACCUCGUUGCAAAUGAAUGAAAGGGUUCAGGGGUGCUGUUUCAAAUCUCAGUGGUGGGAUGGGUUGAGAUUCUUACAAAGUCCUAAAGCAGGGGUGGUGGACCUGUAGUCCUUCCAGCAUGGCUGAGCUCCAUCAUCUGACCACUGGCCAUGAGGCUUGGGACUGAUGGGAGUUGGUGGCAGUAGUGCUUCUGAAUCCCAGUUGCUGGAAACCACAGGAAGUGAGCCUGCUCUUGCACUCAUAUUCUGCUUGUGAAUUUCCCACAGUCAUCGGGUUGGCCACUGUGAGAACAGGAUGCUGGACUAGAUGGGUCAUUGGCCUGAUCAUAGAAGGUCCUUCCUAUGUUCUUAUGCGUUGGUGUCCAACGUGAUCCUCAAGGUCCCUUCCAAUUCUACAAUUCUAUGAUUCUAUGAACAACUGAAUAUCCACAGGUUCCCUGCUCAUGUCCAACAGCCCUGCUCAUGGAUAUAUUCAAGAUUGAUUUGUUCACUUAUUUUUUUAAGAAAUAAUAGUUGACUUCAAGAGAACAUAAGAAGAGGCUGCUGGAUAAGGUAAGGAUAAUCUAGUCCAGCGUCUUGUUCCACAGCAGCCAGCCAGAUGCCCAGGGGAAGCCAGCUAGUAGGCUCUGAGCACAACCCCACUUGUGAUUCCCAGCAAUAGGUGUUUUGAGGCAUAGUGUCUUCAAAAGUAGAGGAAGAACAAAGCCGCUGAUAUCCUUUUUGCUCCAUGAAUUUGUCUAAUCCUCUUGUAAAGCCUUCCAAGUUGAUGGCCAUCAAUAUUCCAUAUGGGGGUGAAUUGGGAGCAUUAAUUUCAGUUCUAUUUAUUCUCAACAAAAUACUCUUCUUAAAAACAAAAAGAAAAACAGGAACAAAUAUUGUUUGUUUACAGGGUGGAGCCGGCACUUACCCGCAUCAAAGAAGACAGGAAACGGAUCAUCCUUCCAGCUAUUGACAACAUAAAAUACAACACGUUUGAAGUGCAGCAAUACGCCAAUGCAGCUCAUGGCUACAACUGGGGACUCUGGUGUAUGUACAUAAUCCCACCGCAAGACUGGCUGGACAAAGGGGACGAGUCUGCACCUAUCAGGUGA